UAACUGAUAACAGGCAGAGGACAUAUGCUAUCAAUUAAGAAUGCGACGGCGUGCCCACUGGGCAAAAACUGGUUGAAUCAACGUUGUUUCCAUGUCAUUUCAACCAUAAAAUUAUAUGUGAUGACUUUGAAUCAACGUGGAAAACUGAUUGGAUUUGCCAAAUGUCAUCAACAUAAGGGGAUUUCGUAUUUUUUUCAUCCAACUUUUAACCUUAAUCGAAUGACAUGGUAACUUUUUUGUGGAUUUCAAUUACCAAACAAAUGUAAAUCAAAACUAGACGUUGAACUGACGUCUGUCCCCAGUGGGUGGUUUGUUCAAACGGAAUUGAUGAAGCCCUUGGCGGUGUCAUGCGUCUUGCCCCGCAGCCCAGCGCGCAAUCCUUGCGGCUCAUCAUUCUGCUGAUCCUCGUCAUGGGGGUGGCCCCGUCCCCGGCUCUGACGGCGGGAUGCCCGGCACGCUGCGUGUGCGAUGACCAGCUGGUGGUCCAGUGCGCCGGGCAGCACCUCACCACCUUCCCCACCGAAAUGCCACUCUCCACGAGGCAGCUCAUCAUCUCCAACAACCGCAUCAUUGAGCUACCGCCGCUUCAGCUCAACUACCUGUCGGACUUGGUGUAUUUGGACUGUAGCAACAAUUCACUGACGGAGAUUUCGGAGUCCACAUUCGGUAACCUGCGGAAACUUGCUUACCUGGAUUUGUCCUUCAACACCUUGACGCGGAUAGAGGACAGGACGUUCGGGCCGCUGUCCAGCCUCGUGAUGCUGAGGAUGACGGACAACCCCGGCCUGUGGGACAUUCACCCAGACAGUUUCGCGGAGAACUCGGCGCUGCAGGUGCUGGACGUUAGUAGAAACAACCUGACGGUGCUCAACAUCAGCUCUCUCAUCGGGCUGCCCACCCUGCGCUCUGUCGGCCUCAGCGGGAACCCCUGGAGCUGCGACUGCGACAAUGAAGACCUCUGUCUUUGGAUCCACGUUGAGGGAUUCAAGUUUCAAGACGAGGGCCAGACGGCGUGUGGUGGUCCUCCUGACCUGCGGGGGCAGCGUUUGGGUGAGCUGGGGCUGCAGCUGCGGUCACGGUGCCACCAGGGCCUGGGAUCGUGGGACUACCUGUUCUUCAUCGCCAUCGGCUUCGUCAUCUUCGCGGCGGGCACGGUGUCGGCGUGGGCCAUCGGGGUGGUCAUGGUGCUGUACGAACGCUACGUCAAGAAGAAGAGCGAGCAGAUGGACCCAGAGGACGAGGUGGAGCAGGGCGCAGGACCUGGCACGGGGAGCGGGGAUCGUCACGAUGCAAAUCCACAUGGCAAUGGAGGUUUGAAAAACACUGGUCACAUAGUGGUUUGACUCCUCCCUGUAGCCCCCCCCCCUUCCGGCUGUGCCUCGGAACCCACAGAACUACAAAACCUGUGAUGUCAUAGGAUGGCAGAGAUUAAGAAGAAACUUCAAAGUAGAGCACACUGGGAUUUCUAUUGACUCCCUUGUAAAAGACAAAUGAGAGACAACACAUAGAUGUGCCUGACUUUCAUUGAGAUUGAGAGUUGAAUGGUCAUAGUCAUACACACUGAAUGUACAAAACAUUAGGAACACCUUCCUGAUAUUGAGUUGCACCCCCUUUGGCCCUCAGAACAGCCUCAGUUCGUCGGGACAUAGACUCUACAAGGUGUUGAAAGUGUUCCAUAGGGACGCUGGCCCAUGUUGACUCCAAUGCUUUCCACAGUUGUGUCAAGUUGGCUGGAUGUCCUUCGGGUGGUUUACCAUUAUUGAUACACACGGGACACUGUUGAGCGUGAAAAACCCAGCAGCGUUGCAGUUCUUGACACAAACCGCUGCGCCUGGCACCUACCACCAUACCCCGUUCAAAGGCACUUAAUGUGUAUGUGUGCCAUGUGUAUGUGUGCCAUUCAAGCUCUGAAUGGCACACAUACAUAAUCCGUCACAAUGGUUCAAGUCUUAAAAAUCCUUCUUUAACCUGUCUCCUCCCCUUCAUCAAAUCAAAUCCAAUUUUAUUUGUCACAUACACAUGGUUAGCAGAUGUUAAUGCGAGGGUAGCAAAAUGCUUGUGGUUCUAGUUCCGACAAUACAGUAAUAACCAACAAGUAAUCUAGCUAACAAUUCCAAAACUACUACCUUAUAGACACAAGUGUAAGGGGAUAAGAAUCUGUACAUAAAGAUAUAUGAGUGAGUGAUGGUACAGAGCGGCAUAGGCAAGAUACAGUAGAUGGUAUUGAGUGCAGUAUAUACAUAUGAGAUGAGUAUGUAAACAAAGUGGCAUAGUUAAAGUGGCUAGUGAUACAUGUAUUACAUAAAGAUGCAGUAGAUGAUAUAGAGUACAGUAUAUACAUAUACAUAUGAGAUGAAUAAUGUAGCAUUGUUUAAAGUGGCUAGUGAUAUAUUUUACAUAAUUUCCCAUCAAUUCCCAUUAUUAAAGUGGCUGGAGUCUACACUGAUCUAAGUGGAUUUAACAAGUGACAUCAAUAAGGGAUCAUAGCUUUCACAUGGAUUCACCUGGUCAGUCUGUGUCAUGGAAAGAGCAGGUGUUCCUAAUGGUUUUAUUAUAUAGGCCUAAUCAUAGUCAUAUUGCAGGACAUCUCUCCUUUUCUGACAUGACUGGUUUAUGUCAUGACUGGUUGAUGUCCUGACUGGUUUAUGACCGCAACACAACAAAUACCAUUUAUCAGGAGUGUGACAUCACAGCCUAUUUCAUCUCAGAGCCUUUGCCAAGGCAGGAGAUAGAAACAGAAUCAUGUAUUGAUUUAACAAAAUGUUGAACAACAAUUUGUCUUCUGCAUAAAAGUGUGGGCUGUAGCAUUUGCUUUUAAAUUGCUCGAAUAGACAUUCAAUCUUACAGAAUGCGUGGCGGCCAGUGUUUGGUACCCGCUAUAGGCGCAUGCAAUGUUAGUUUGAAAAAGUCACUGCAAAAGAUGAAUACAUUCUGCCCACACCUCUACAGAAAUGUGAUUACAUUUCCGUUGCGCUUAGUUUUAGGAACUAUUGUGGCUCAGUUCCAACAUCUCCAAAUCAUACAGCAAAGGCAUUUGUGUUAUCAUAAAAGGUGAAUGGAGGGCGUUUUCCAGACAGGGUUGUAAACGCUCGUUCACGAGAACACAAAAAUACAGUGUUGUAUGCCUUUGAUUUAUUUAGUGAGACAUUAACUCAUGACAGAUAAAUGAGGCCCCUGUUCCUCUCUGGUCCUGUGUGAGAGUGUGUGUGUGUGUGUUGGGAGUUUGACCCUUUACUAUUACCCAAGUAGAGCCCUGUCUGCUGAUGGACUUGGCUUUAACCCAGCAUGCUGUUGCUUUUCUGGCUGGCCUCUCAGUGGGGCCAGGUCAACACGGAAUGUGAUAAUUGAUUUCCAGUGUCCCUGCUGUCCCUGGUUAGUACAAUGCACAGAGUCCCAUCCACCCUAGCUGUCUCCACAUACACUGACUGCACCAAAAGCCUUAUUGAAGUACGGAACUAUUUCUACAGCAAUAGCACAAAACACUACUGUGAAUCAGAAUGAUUAUUAUGAAUCACAGUACUAGGCCUGCUUUGGCACAGUUGCUUUAAUCUAAUCCGUACCCCUCAGAAUACUACUGACCAUCUAUCAUUCACUGGCUUCUUUUUAAAGCUAUAUUCAGAUCACAUGGAUCAACACUCACUGCACUCCCUAUCUGUCCUGUCGGUCUUCCGGCUGCACUCUUGACGGUGAUCCUGACUCUUGACUGUUAUAAACUUAGGUGAGUCUCCUCAUUCACCCCAACAACAACAGCUGCCCUAAGGAAAGGCUGCGGCUAGAUUACACUGGCUCUGAGGGGCUGUCCGAGGACAUAUCCACUACACAAAGGAUUGAUCAGCUGGAGAGGUGGUGUGAGAGGGAAUAAGGAAAGGCUGCGGCUAGAUUACACUGGCUCUGAGGGGCUGUCCGAGGACAUAUCCACUACACAAAGGAUUGAUCAGCUGGAGAGGUGGUGUGAGAGGGAAUAAAGUUACAUGACUGACAGAGAAGCCAAUAUGAGACAAACUUGGUGCACCUAAGUCAGUUUGUCACCCCUCCCCACACACACACACACACACACACUAGGAGGUGAUGCACAUGGGUGUUACAGAGAUAGACUAGGGUCCAAGGUGCCCCCAAGGUUAAUGCACUACAUUAAUGUACAGCCAGUGUUUAUGUCAUAACUUCUGUUCUGAUGUAUCUAACCGACUGGGAGCAUGUUCUCUGGGAAUAGGAGAGGUAGCGUUGAGUGUUGGGCUGGUGUCCUGAUCAAAGCAGAUCUAUUAUUACAGUUAAAUGACUUUUAUAGUGACACUAUGACACUCUGUUUCUAGUCAGCACCAGGCAAGUCUGAACCAGGAGAUACACUGGCCAAAAGUAUGUGGACACCCCUUCAAAUGAGUGGAUUCGGCUAGAUCAGCCACACCCAUUGCUGACAGGUGUAUACAACCAAGCACACAGCCAUGCAAUCUCCAUAGACAAGCAUUGGCAGUAGAAUGUCCCAUACUGAAGAGCUCAGUGACUUUCAACGUGGCACCAUCAUAAGAUGCCACCUUUCCAACAAGUCAGUUUGUCAAAUGUCUGUCCUGCUCGAGCUGCCCCGGUCAACUGUAAGUGCUGUUAUUGUGAAGUGGAAACGUCUAGGAGCAACAACGGCUCAGCUUGAAGUGGCACGCCAGCUUACAGAACGUGACCGCCAAGUCCUGAAACGCGUAGCAUGUAAAAAUCGUCUGUCCUCGGUUGCAGCACUCACUACCGAGUUCCAAAGUGCCUCUGGAAGCAACGUCAGCACAAGAACUGUUCGUUGGGAGCUUCAUGAAAUGGGUUUCCAUGGCCGAAAAGCCGCAAACUAGCCUAAGAUCACCGUGCGCAGUGCCAAUCGUUGUGCAUGGUGAUCUUAGUGGUGUGAACUUCGCCACCAUUGGACUCUGGAGCAGUGUAAAUGCCUUCUCUGGAGUGAUGAAUCACGCUUUACCAUCUGCAGUCUGACAGACGAAUCUGGGUUUGGUGGAUGCCAGGGGAACGUUACCUGCCUGAAUGCAUAGUGCCAACCGUAAGGUUUGGUGGAGGAGAAAUAAUAAUCUGGGGCUGUUUUCCAUGGUUCGGGCUAGGCCCCUUAGUUCCAGUGAAGGGAAAUGUUAACACGACACCAUACAAUGACAUUCUGGACGAUUCUGUGCUUACAACUUUGUGGCAACAGUUUGGGGAAGGUCCUUUCCUGUUUCAGCAUGACAAUGCCCCCAUGCACAAAUCGAGGUCCAUACAGAAAUGGUUUCUUGAGAUCGGUGUGGAAGAACUUGAUUGACCUGCACAGAGCCCUGACCUCAACCCCCAUCAAACACCUUUGGGAUGAAUUGGAAUGCCGACUGCGAGCCAGUCUUAAUGGCCCAACAUCAGUGCCCGACCUCACUAAUGCUCUUGUGGCUGAAUGGAAGCUAGUCUCCGCUGCAAUGUUCCAACAUCUAGUGGAAAGCCAUCCCAGCCAAGGGGGAACCAACUCCAUAUUAAUGCCCAUGCUUUUGGAAUGAGAUGUUUGACGAGCACAUACUUUUGGCCAUGUAGUGUAUGUUGGUGGAAUGAACAUAGUACUGCUGUACCCCUCAAAUACGAUACUCAUGAAUGUAUGCGCAAGCGUGCUUGUUUGUUUGUGCGUGUUUGUGUGUUUCUUUUGAGGGGGGGUGACAUAGAAACAUAGUCUGCCUAGCUUUAUGCGUCUAAGGCCAGGCACCACACCCCAAUAAGUGUAUUUUUCCCCCUUAAUCAUAUCACAGUUGAAUGUGGACACAAAUUGAA